UAUCGAAGAACAAAACCAAAACCUAAUUCCCUACUGCGCUUCUCUCCCCUCCCUCAACCCUUGCCUUUCUCCGAGCAGUAGCCGCCUCCCGCUGACGGUCGCCCUUCCACCAGUUUCUCUGUCCUGAUUUUCUUCCUUCCCGUCAGGUACUGACUGCUGAUUCUGUUAGACUUGUUUGGUUUGAGAUUACUGGGGAUUGAAGUGGUGGUGGGAUUGUUAAUCGUGGGUUUAGGGUUUUUCAAACUAAUGGGAAUGGAAAAUUUUGCAGUUGAUUACUGUGUACCUUCGAACAAUUCUGCCAAAUUUAUAAGUUUGUUUCAGUUAACAUUCAACCAGGUUAAGUGUGGAAAUAACGCACUUUGUAGUUGGGGUUUUUUCAUAUGCUCGCAGAAAUCUAUGGUUGUAGUUUUACCUUCUGUUUCUGAUGUGUUUGGUUUGCAGAUCCUAUUACUGUUUUCUUAUUCUGCGCCAAGGAUGAGCUUGAUUUCUCAGAAUGCGGGUUCUAGGAACCGAGCCAAGACCGCUAGAGAGACGGCAGACGAGCCUGCCUUUAUGGGAGGUGGUGGUGGUGGUGAAGAUGGUGUUCUCAAAAUGAAAAAAUCUGAGUUGGGGUUGUCUGCUGCAAAGAGAAGAAGGAAAGAAAAGGACGAGCAAACAGCAGUUGAGGAUGUGAAGGAAAUGAAGAAGCUCGAGAAUUUCCUGUUUGGAUCGUUAUAUUCCCCUGUGGAAUUUGGAAAAGAUGAAGAAGAGCAAGUUGCCGCGGACAAUGAGGGUUUACCUUUGUUCUUCGUUGACCGUUCAGCAAACAAUGGGAUGCAAGCUCAGUUCUCAGACGAGAGUGAAGACGAAGGAGAAGAAGCAGAUGAACGUAAGCCCGUGUGGGUCGACGAGGAGGAGGAAGCCACGAGCAUCAACAUUGCUGAAGUUAGCCGAUUGAGGAAGCUGAGGAAAGAGGAGGAAGAGAGCCUGAUUUCUGGUUCGGAAUAUGUUUCAAGGCUGAGAACUCAACAUUCUAAGAUGAACCCAGGCACUGAAUGGGCACGGCUCGAGAGAGCUGAUAGCAGACUUCAUAGCGAUGAAUCUUCAGAUGAAGAGGACAUUCUUAGGACAAACGAAGAUCUCGUGGUGAAGAGCUUGUCAAAACUGCAGCCUGGCAUUCUUAGCUGCUCUAGACUUGUCGAUGCCAAUGCUCAAGAGCCUUCUAAUGGUCCAAUAAACUCGGUUGAGUUCCAUCGCAACGGUCAGCUGCUGCUCUCAGCUGGACUGGACAAGAGGAUUCGGUUCUUCCAGAUCGAUGGCAAACGUAACACCAAGAUACAAAGUGUAUUUGUCGAUGACUGUCCAAUCCGGAAGGCAUCCUUUUUACCGGAUGGUUCACAGGUCAUUAUAUCAGGGAGAAGGAAGUUCUUCUACAGCUUUGAUUUAGUGAAAGCAAAAGUCGAUAAGAUAGGUCCACUUGUUGGCAGGGAAGAGAAAAGCCUGGAGAAUUUCGAGGUUUCUCCCGAUUCAAAGACGAUUGCUUUUGUGGGCAACGAGGGUUACAUAUUGUUGGUGUCAUCAAAAAGUAAGGAGCUCAUUGGUACUGUGAAGAUGAACGGCACAGCUCGCUCCAUAGCUUUUGCUGGUGACGGCCAGCAGCUGAUUACCCAUGGUGGUGAUGGUCAGGUGUAUCACUGGGAUUUGAGGACAAGGACUUGCAUACACAAGGCAGUUGAUGAAGGUUGCAUUAAUGGCACUGCGCUAAGUUGUUCACCGCUGGGGAACUUCUUUGCAGCAGGUUCAGACAGCGGGAUAGUGAAUGUUUACAACAGGGAGGAGUUUUUGGGCGGGAAGAGGAGGCCGGUGAAGACCAUUGAGAAUUUGACAACGAAAGUGGAUUUUAUGAAGUUCAACAGUGAUGCCCAGAUACUAGCGAUAUGUUCGACGAUGGGGAAGAAUGGGAUGAAGUUGAUACAUGUUCCAUCGUUCACCGCAUUCUCUAACUGGCCACCACUAAACACGACGCUGCACUACCCUCGGUGUUUGGAUUUCAGUCCCGGUGGAGGUUUCAUGGCCGUGGGAAAUGCUUCUGGUAAAGUAUUGCUGUACAAGUUGCAUCACUACCAUCACGCAUGAGUUAGUAGUAGAUGGUCGUUGUUUUGUAGUUCUUCAGUUGUAUUCCCACCUUCCCUUUUUGGACUUUGUUUGAAGUUUCCGUUUUUCAGUUUGCAAACCCAAAUUUUGGCUAGUGUAGAUUGCCUAAUGAUUUGCCUUGGAGGCGAAGCCAUUUAUUUAUUUUUGCGAGUACUUUCAACAUUUGCAGCAAAAUAGGGUUCCGAUUAUACCUUACCAUGCCCAAAGCAAAGAGCUUGUGACCAUACUUCUGUACAGAAACUGAGAGCUGCUGUUUGGAAGCAGUCGUGGUACUAUGCUGGGCAUAACCCCCAAGUCUAAUUUCCAGAUGGAGUUAUAAGCAGGUUUGGGUUGGGUUCAAUUAGGUCAUCGGGUUAUAGGUUAGUUGAUUGCGGGUUCUGUCAGGUUCAUCAUUUGGGUUUGGGUUCAUCGAGUUACGGGUUAGUCAGGUUCUGGUUGAAUUGGGUUAUGAUCAAGUUGGAUUUGGUUGAAUAUGGUUGCAACUUAACUAGGUUACGAGUUCAUCGGUGAUGUCUGAACAAGCCACAAGAGGUUCAACCAACCAUCAAUGAUAUGAUUUCUGAGGGUAGACAACAAAUUAUUGCAAAUACU